CCAAAGAAAUUAAAGCAUGCAUGAUUUGUUGUAAUAAUGCAGAAAGUCGUACAAAAGAAAACCAAAAAAUGUCUAAAGUUGCCUGAUAUUCAUCAUGAUGAUUAUUCCCAUAUAUACAUUGCAUGAUUCAUGGAUUCCUGUACUAUUGUGCCUUCGGGAUGGACUUUUGCAAAAUGAGAAUUAGGGCUUGGAUGAAUGAGGGGGGUGAUUGUGAGGUUAAUUAAUUCAUAGUUGUCACUGGAUGAUACAAUCAUACAAUACUUUUGAUUAAAAGGGUUUAGGGUUCUUUUUAGAUUUCAAAAAUCUUCACAUGGUUUCCAAAAUAGUUGCCACGUCCUAAAAAGACAAGUUAAUUUUUUUUAAAGUGAAUACAAGUUAUUAGCCAGAUUUUUUUGAUUUUGAUAAAAUAUGAGCCAAAAUUUUUAAAGAACAAAAUUUAAGUCAAACGUUUCUGUUUUGACAAAACAUUAACCAAACUUUGUCCAUGAUCGAUUUUCAUAUGUUGUAAAUCUUAAUACACUCUUUCGCGGAUCCAACUCGAUCGUGCAAUCUAAGAUAACAUUAAGAUCCGCCGUCACAACCGUCAAUUAACAGCUGAAAUUUCGCAAAUAUUAUGAAAAGUUUAUCUAUUAUUUUGUAUUUAUUAAAAAAUUCGCAGAUAAUUUUCAAAGUUAAAAGAUUUGCCUAAUAUUCCCAAAGUCAAAAAAUUUUGCUAAAAAUAAUUACUAAUUUUUUGUUGACUACCGCAUUACGGAAACUUUUCCGACUUACAUCAUGUUUACGAGCUCAUCAUAGUCUAACAAAACUGUUAAUGAGAAUAUAAUCGUAGGCUAAUAUUAUGUAUUUCCAAAGAUUUGAGAAGUAUUUUAUAAAAAUUGAAAUGGUGAGCAUAUAGAUUUCACUUGCUAAAAAAAAUGUAGGAAAUCCAUAAUAUUUCCAAGACCCAGCAAUCAGCAUCCUACCAAAGGAAUUAUUCUUCUAUUUCUCUUUAUCUUCCAAUAAUAUAUAAUAGAGUUUUAUUUACUUUUUUCUAUUUCAAAUUUUCUGCAACGAGAGUAAAAAUAAGAAGAGCAUGUGUUUUAUUUACAAUUAAUUAUUUAUUCCAUAUAAAAAUAUAAAUAUCAGAAUUUGAACUCGAGUCUCUUCAAAUAAAGACGACAACCACAACCAAUUAUGCUAAACAAAUUUUUCAUGUCUUUUUUUAAUACAAAACAUACACGAAGUGACACUCUGAAAAUCAGAUGACUUUUUCAUCAUGAUUAGCAAGCCCACUAAGUUUACUGUAUGUAUUUUAUGGUGCUUGAUAAUGCAAUUUUCAUAGCAGAGUUUGGUGUAAUUUCUCAAUUCUAAAAUCACUGCUCUCUCCUUCAUUUUCGCUAAAGGUAAAUUGGUAAUUGGCCAACAUGGAAGAAACUAAUUCUAUUAUUACGUGUUGUGUCCUUUCAUUUUUCAAUUUAUAUUUAAAUUUGUAUAAACUAAUUAGUGGUAAAGAAAUAUGAACAAAGUAGUGGGUAAAGGCCUAUAACUAUCAUAAAUACAUAUCUCACAUACUAAUUGCGACCGUUGUUUACGGAGUCGACGAAAUGCAUCCGGCCAACUGAUCAAGUCCGUCACUAGUAAUCAAAUAUUAAGGGAUCGUUUGCUUGAUGGAUUUGGGACUCAAAUCCCAAGCAUGAUGUAUUUUAGCCAAGUCCAUUGUUUGUUGUCAGGUGUUAAAUCCGUGGGGCCCACGGAUUUAUUCCCUUUUUUGGAUCCAAAUCUGUGGACCCUACGGACUUGUAAAUCCCACAUAUUGGGCUGGGAUUUGUAAAUCCUUGAUGGCUAAUUAUAUUGAUAGCAAAUCCAUCAUAAUUAUAUCAUCAAAUUUAUCAUGCAAACAAUAGACUCUUCAAAUCCAUGAUGGUACAAAUCCCUCAUAAAUGCAUAGGUUUUUUUGAGCCAAAACCCUCAUUUUCAAAUCCAACAAGCAAACGACCCCUAAUAUUCCGGCCAAAGGGCCGGGUUAUAAGCUAGUAUUGACAAUGAGUGUUUAUAUUUUCUUUUCCCCUGGUCCGAAGUAGCGCAUGGUUGGGGCCUUGGGGGUGAAGCUUGGAAUGAUGAUUACUUACUGUUUUACUUUUUACAUGGAGUUGGGGGGUACAGGGGCAGCAGAGGGGUAAGUCUAUAUAAAAUAGAUGCACAUGUCAUCAUCAUGUGUGGCCAGGGUUUAUUACAGAUUCGAGAAAGCAAAGAAAACGAUAGGGGAAAGGUGAUGAUGAAGCUGCUGCUGCUGCUGCCUGGUGGUGGAUGGAUUCUGGGGAAAGCAAAAGUGAAUGGUUGCAGAAGCUAGCUUGCAUUGCUAGCGUAAACGCAUGCUGCAGCAGGCGCAGAGUCGGUGCAAGUGCAACUGGGGAAUCUCACAAUCAUUAUAAGUUUACUGUAACGCACACAAACUCAUGCGUUCAUUCAUAUACCCAGACCAACAAGAGAAAAUGAAAAAUAAAGAGAGCAGUACAGAUACGAAUGGAUCCCUUCGUUAGGGGGUGGCCUAAUUGCACUCCGACAAUGCUUCUUGUGAUUGGUCACAGAAGAAUAUAUAUAUAUAGUGUCUGGGUCGGUCAAAGGAGGAAGCUAUAGCUACUACUAGCUGGGUCAAAAAGAAGGGCAUAGGGAGUUUUAGGUUGGCGUUUGUGUCUGCCACGCUAGCAAUAUAUAAAAUUACCCCAUACAUUAUACAUUUUGCGAGGAACAAGCUGAAAAGAAAAAAAGAUUAAAAACCCCGAAAUGUGAACAUUUACUUCUAUUUGUGAGUUUUAUACCUCAAUUCUCAUCCCUACAACCCAAGGUUGCUAAAUUCCUACCGGAUCCCCGAUUGGAACCAAUCGACCUAAAUUGAGCUUCAAAACGACCUUCAAAAAACCCCUCGUCGGUCUGACCUCUAAAGAGGUAGAAGAAGAGAAGGGAGAGAGAGGAAGAGGAACGAAGAAAGGGAGAUGGUGGGUGGGUCAUGGAGAUUAGGUAGAUUUAUUUUGUGAAAAAUAAGUUUUUAAUAGAUACAUGUAAUAUAAAUUUCAUUUCAGACAUUAAAUCUUUAAUUACUAUAUUAUUUGUAUAUAUAUUAAGAAAACGUCUAAAACGACUCAAAUCGAUCGGACCCCGAUCAGACCAUUAAAUCUCAACCUUGUUUGACCUGCUCAAUGACUAAACCGGUUUGACAACCUUGCUACAAAUCGUGGACUGAACUCAUAAUUCUUCAAAAUCCAUAACUAUUUCAUGCUCCAUACCAAAAUUUGCUCUUGGCUUAUUAUUUUUCUUCCAACAAUAGCAUAUCGGUAUAUGUGGGAUUGAUUGAUGGUCCGAUGGAGAAGAAAGAUCACGAAUCUUCACAAUUAUAAUUGUAAAUAGGUUGAAUCGAAUCCAUUACGUACGCUCAAAUAGUGAAAUCCAUUUCUCACUCCCACACCACAAAAAAUAAGUGUUGUAAUAAUAAUAUUGCUCCAUUUCUCACCCUCUAAACCAAAAAACACAAUGCACACAACAAUAUCUAAUCAAAGAAAAAUAUCAUCAGAACAAGUUAUAAAGAAAAAGUGAACUCCUACAAAAAAAAUUGUGAACACUAUCCUAAAGGGAUUUGUCGGUCUCAGCCCAUUCUAAAUAGUAAAUAGAUAAAUUAAGAUAGAAUUAAAAAAAAGUGCAUACGUUCAAUGGAAACAAAAAUAAGUGAUGACAAAAAUUAAACAUAGCAUUAUCAACUUCUGUAUUAAACUAUAAAACAACCAAGUAAAGCUAUAUACCCUACUCAAAGACUUCACCAAAUACUAAUGCAACCACACCCGUUACAAAUUAACGACGGAAUUAAUUGGGAAACGGGAUAUAUCCGACGGUGUGUUAACAAUUAACAUAUGUAAUUUAUCUGAGAAAAAAUGCUACAAGUCACGAAGUCGGGACGUGGCUGAUUGCACAAUGCAAAUCACUACCGUUCAACUCUGAUGAAGCUUGCUUGUCAAAUGUCCGUUUAUUGCGUAUUCCUCUUGUCAAAAUCGGGCAGCUCCAUCAGGAUGAUAUUGUCCACUUUACGUCAAGCCCACACAAAUUUAUUUUUGGGUAUUCUUUUCGGAAGACUUUGUUUGUGCUAAUUAGAUUAGAAGAACACUAAUAUACAAUGGUUCAUAUUCCUGUGUAUCUCUGAUGUGGUACUUGAAUUGUCUCAUAACAUUAUGAAAGAUAAUUAAUUCGUAAUGAAUGAUAAAUAUAUUGUCAAACUUUGUAUAGAACAACAAACUGGUUUGUUCAGUUGGGUUCCGGCUCCAUUUGAGUUGAAUUGACUUAUCCAAAUCCGCCGAACAGUAAUUUGCACAAUGAUGCUUGGAGAUGACACUUGACGUUCACCCUCUUUUAAUAACAGAACAAAGACGGGAUCUCAGACGGCGGCCUACCUGAAUCCGAUGUGCUAUUGUCGACCGCCAUGCAGGUAGACAAUAACGCCACCAGAGCCUCUGGUCCAGAGGAGUAAGGAAGCGGCAGUAGCAGGCGAUAAUAGGGAAGACAUCCAAAUCCCUAAAGUGGGCUUGAUUCUCAUUUUAUGAGACCAAUCUCCAGGAAAAGGUACUAGAAAUACAUGGGGGCUGAGCCCAAUUGAAACGAACAUUCCCACUUUGGAGCCCAGUGGAUCAAUUACCAAAUGAGCCCAAUGGUAGGUAUUCUACAAGAGUUCGAUGAGAUGGGAUCGAUGAUGUCUUCAUUGGACGAGGUGACGCAUUUGGUUGCUCGUCGACGACAUAAUCUUUAGGGGUCGUUUGGAUGGAACAUUCUUAAAAUGAGGCAAUUUGGGGAAAAAGUCUCAUUUUAGAAAAUGAGCUAAUUGUACGAGGAAAUAUUUACAUAAUUGUCUUGUUUGACUUGUGAUUUGGCAUUAGACAAUUGCGAUGAUGCAUUUUCUGAAAAUACAUAUUUGUCCUCAUACUUUUGUCCUUCUCCAUCUUGUGAAAAGGAAGAAGAAAAAAAAAGUAAAUAAAGGGGUUAGAUUGGGAAAAGUGACCCACAAAAUGGAGUAAUAUAGAUUACCUCCCUCCCACCCAAGUAAUUGUGAUUGACCCAUAAUGAAGCAAUUUCAAUUAUCUCAUUUCUAAUUGCCUCAUUCCUAUUUUUUGCAGCCAAAUAGGAUAAUUUGGCCCAAUUAUCUCAUUUUGAGUCAAUUGGAGCACAUUGACUCAUCAUUUUGAUCCAUCCAAACGACCCCUUAAUGUUUUGUAUGUUGGGCGAAUCCGUAAUACCGCGACGUGUCCAAUAAAUUGUGGAGAUCUUAUUUCAGAAUUGUGAAUGUGUGAGGCAUGUAAUCUAAAUUCUUUUUUAAGUAUAAUGAGAUGAAAUUAAUUAUAAUAUCGUUAUUUAAAAAGUAAUUUAUUUCUUGUGUUUUUUCCUGAAAUAAAAUUAUAAUUAAGUGGCUGGCAGUGAACUAGGGGGUGGAAGAAGCAAGUCAAACGUGCCAACCCCCGCGCACUCUCUGCUCCUCAAAUGUUCGACCAAAGCUUCACCCACCACCUACAAACAAUCCAACGCCAAACUCCAUCGACCUCAUAGCCAUGGUGGUUGGACUUUCAGAGAAUCCCUCCCUCGCUUGCUAUCUAGCCGGCUGUUGCCACCCGCCAUGCUUCUGGCUCUGGGCUUACCACUCAUUUCCAGCCAAUCCCCUGCAUUACCUUUAACUAGGCCUCUUCCUCUUUCUGGGUCUCAAAUCAAAGCUCCCCCCAGCCCUGGAAUUACAUACUCAAAGCUUGCUAGGCAAACCGAAAAUGGUUGUUAAAGUGUACGGUCCCCUAAAGGCAGCAUGCCCUCAGAGAGUACUGGCUUGCCUCCUGGAAAAGGAAGUCGACUUCCAAGUUGUCCCCGUCGAUCUCGAAUCCGGACACCACAAAUGCCCUGAUUUCCUCGCCAAACAGCCAUUCGGGCAGGUUCCCUUCGUCGAAGAUGGCGACCUUAAGCUUUUUGAAUCGAGGGCGAUCAUUCGUUACUACGCAGCUAAAUUCGACGACAAGGGACCGGGCCUGCUGGGCCGGACCUUGGAGGAGAGGGCCCUGGUGGACCAGUGGCUGGAAGUGGAGGCCCACAACUUCAACGAGCCCGUUUACGCGGCGGUGAUGCAGCUGGUGGUGAUGCCCCGAAUGGGCCUGAAGAGUGACGCGGCGGUGGUCAAGGACUGCGAGGGGAAGCUGGAGAAGGUGCUGGACGUGUACGAGAAGAGGCUGUCGGAGAGCAAGUACUUGGCCGGAGAGAGUUUCACGUUGGCGGACCUCAGCCACCUGCCGGGGCUCCGGUACUUGAUCAAUGAAGCCGGGAUGGCCCACCUGGUGGCGGAGCGGGAGAAGGUGAAGGCUUGGUGGGAGGAUAUCUCCGGCCGGCCUGCUUGGAAAAAACUUAUGGUGCUCGCCGGUCUUUGAAUUGGACGUGUUUUUUUUCUUUUUCCAUUUUUGCUCCACCUCCGGUUCCUGAAACGGAGCUGGGCAAGUUGGGUUAAAUCUUAAAAAUAUGCUUGAAUAAAAAGACAAGGUUUAUGAAAUGAAACCCAUAACGUAUUGUACAAAAAAUUCUGUCCAGCAUGUUGGUAGCCUUACAUUUACACGGUUUAUUCUUAUCCGUUAUCUUGGUAUUGGUGAAAUAUUGCUAAUUUGUUUAUGUCAUUCACACUCAUAUUUGAUAAUGUAUGUUUUGCUUUGUAUUUUGUUAUAAACUAUAUAUACAAUAUUUACACUACUCUUUAUAUGUUUUGAACGCAUUGAAACAUGAGAAAUACCAAAUAACUAAUAAAGAAAAUGCAACUAAUAGUAACAUAUACGAUUACAAAUAAAGUGUUGCCUAUAUAAGAAUGGUGCAUAAAUAACAACAUGAGAGUUGCUUUCUAUGAUACAUACAUAGUAAUUCUUCACUAUAAAAGAAAAUUAUAGUCCUUUGAUGGAAAUAUGAUGGUUAUCGCCUUCGAAAAGCUUCAAUUAAUGACUAUCUCAAACAUUGGUACAAAGAAAAAAUUUGUCAAUGCUAACUCUCAUCACAUAAAUAAACGAACUAAAAUUUCACCUAAUGCAUCCUCUAAACCCAUUCAUAGCUCCCCACUUAUAUUUAUAUGUAAAACUCUAUCUCAUUUAGCUAUUCAAUUGCCACAUAUACUGAAGUUAUCCUUUAAGUUCAUUUGUAUGAACUCGUGUGACAACUACGAACAACACAACCACUAUCAUGUUUACUUGGUAUCACAACUAACUAAAUGUGUUCAGCCAAUUUCAUGUCCCAAAUUAGCAAGCACUUUAACCAAUCUAUCAAUGACCAAGUUUUUAUGGAACGUUCAUUAGCGGUCUCUCACAAAGAACAAUAAAUUAAAUUUCAACAGAUAUAUAAGUUCAUAAAAAAAAACCUAAGUAAUUACCAUAACCGGAUUCAUCAAAUCUAGACUCAAAUAAAGUUCAAACAUUUAAGGAAUAAAACACCAAGCAUAUAAAAUAUUGUACUUGAACUAAUUGAAAUACUCACACUAAUAAUAGCACAUCUAUUUAUCUUACUCGUACUUUCAAAGACAAUUUUUUAUCAUGUAGUUGCAUUAACGGGAGCACUACCAAUUCAAUGAUUCCACCAAGCGAUGAAUUCAUUAAUCUGUCAAGCAUUACUGCAUUUCUUGCUUAUGGGAACAUAUUUUUAGGGCAUAAUUAAGAAGUUUUCAUUCCGUUAUGGGAAAGAGAGUAAACGAUAUUGGGGUAGACCCCUAAAAACAACUUUCAAAGAACCUCCAUAUUGGCCUAUAACCACUCCAAUCUCGACUCCCUCUCACUAAAAAUGGUUGUCGCCAAAGUUGGAAAUAUAAUGAAACUCACAAACUCACAGGGAUCCCACAAAUUCUAGAUGAAAAUGGCCAAUCACAUCAAACUAAUCACUAGACUUAAUAGUCACUACAAACUUCAAGGGAUUGACCAAUUGGUGAUAUGAAAAGCUAAAAUUGACCACUUAUUUUGUUCUAACUGUAUAAUUAAAAAUCAAUCUAAAUGUGAUAAUUAAAAAUAUAUAAAUUAUCAAAUACUAAUUCAUUAGUAACAAAUAUAUAUCUCCAAACAAAUUUGUGGUUGAUAAUACCUUACAUUGGCAUAAGAGAAUGGUUGAAGGCUAUUAUAAUGAUCAAAUCUUAAUUUUUUUUAAGUAUUUAAUUAAAUAAAAUACUCAUUCUACA